AUGGCCAUAAACCUAGCCAAAUUUCUCAUACUGUUUUUCACUAUUUCGAUCUGCAACGCCGUCACGAAUCCAAGUCCGAUUUCCGAUUCUCACCGUUCCGCUGCUUUACAACUCUUCGAUGGUUCCUCUUCAAGGUCGAUGGUUCCUCUUCCAGGAAGUGCCAAGGACUUCUUCAAUCAAAUUGAAUCAUUAGCUCUUCUGGAGAGCAAAAGGGUUCCCGUCCCAUUAGUGCUGUCACUUCCUGCAACAGUUUAUUCAUUGUCCAAAAAAGAUCAGCUCAAGGUUACAGUGAAUACAGUACUUGGUUCAGCCGCACCACCUCUUACAGUUAAGCUUGUCAGAGCUUUCCACGCUGAUGCUAAACAUUCUGCUGUUAUCGAGGGCAAGGAACUCCAGUACGAUCAAAGUAGUGGACUUCAUGUCAUGGGCUUCCCAGAUAAUGUGGAUGUGGGAACAUAUGUGUUUGUUUUUGAGACAGCGCUUCAUGAUUCAGGUAGUGAAAAUGAUUAUGCUAUUGGAGGCCAAAUUCACGUGCCGAUAUAUGUCACUGGCAUUGUUAAAGUUAGCAACGCAGAAAUUGCAGUUCUUGGCAGUGAUCUUGGAAGUGAUGAAACCCAGAAAACGCUAGAUUUGGCUGGAACUGAUGUUGUUUCACUCUCAGCUAACCAUCUUCAAAAGUUGCGUUUUUCUUUUCAGUUGAUAACGCCUCAUGGCCAUACCUUUAAGCCUCGCCAGGCAUUGCUUAAGUUGAAGCAUGAGACAAAGUAUGAACACAUCUUUGUGAAAUCAAGUGAACUUAAAGUGGAAAAGGCAUGUAUGUUCUGGUUUUAUUCAGAAGAAAACACUAACACCAAGGCUCUGAUUCUAAGUUCUCAGGAAGCAAGCAACAAAGUCGAUGAAGUUGAAGAACAAUUGAGAAACCUAAAACAAGAAUUAGAAAUGAUCAGAAGUGAAAAUAUAUCACUGCAAUCAAAGAAUAACUAUUGGGAAGUUAGAGCAAAAUAUUCUGCUGAUAGACUUUACAGAUUCAAGAAAGAAAAUGAACAUCAGUUGUUUAUUUUGAAGCAUGAAAAUGAAUUGAUAUCAAAUGCUGAGAAACAAGCUCGUCAAUUGGUUACUAAUUUAUUUCAAAGGAUACAUUGUUUACAGAUCUCAGUUGAAACACAAGUGGCAGAAAGGAAAAAACAAGAAGAAAUUAUACAUAUGCUACAGAAUGAAUGUAAUAAGGCUAAAAGAGAGUUUCAAGAGCAAAAUAAUUAUGUUGAAAGGCUUAGACAGAAGCUUGAUAAUGUCAGUAAAUUUCCUAUGAAAAUAGCUCAAGAGUCAGGGGAAAAAAUAGCCAUUACUUCCAGUGUAAUGUCAGCUGGUGAAUCCAAAGUUCCUGCUGUGGAGGAUUUUCUUGGCUUGGUGGACAAAUUUUAUUAUCUCUCGGGCAGAUAUGAUUUUGAGUUGACUGUUGGUGAUGCUGUCAUGGAGAACUCUUUCUUGCGGCCACUUGGUCAUUUGGAAUUAGAUCUUCCAGAAGCACCUGAGAAAGCAGCGCAUCUUCCCCCACUACCUUCCAGAAGCUCUUUUGAGAAUUGCUGUGAAGAACGCGAGGUUAAGAAGAAGAAUGGAAGUUGGAUGAGUAAAGCAGGCAGAAGCAAAGAACCUGAUUACGUUCCCCAUGUUGUGGCUCAAAUGAAGGCUUCUUAUUUGCAUUAUUAUGAUUUAACCGGCCAGAAUUGUAUGGACUCCUCUACCGUGAAAGAGUUUGUUUUAUUUUCUGUAAAGCUCGGGCAAAGUGAUGCUCAGGACUCCGACUAUCAGCCAAAAGACGAGCUUGCUGCAAUUGCCGUCAAAAUACCUAAAGCUAUCAGUUUCAUUAACAAUCAACAUCAUAGCAGUUGCCACAGUGAUAGUCAUGACAUUGUCCAUGCAACGGUUGUGCUCCCAGGCGGGGUUCAUAGUUUUCCAAGUAAAGGCGGACCUUCAUCACUACUUGAGCGAUUAUCAAUUCGAUCUUUUUGUUCAGGGGAACAAACACGAUCCGUGCCCAGCAUUCAGCUUAACCCCUUAGAAAAUGGUAUGAGUUCUGUAGCCUUUGACUCGUCGCUCUCACUUUUGCAAGCAUUCGCCAUUUGCAUUGCAUUAGUUGAUAGCAAGAUGCCAUGUGAGCUUUCUGGAACAAGAAAGUCGCAAACCGAGGAACUAAAGGCUUUUGGUAAAUUAGAAGAUAUUCCUACAAGUUAUGUUUCUAAUCCACCAGUUUCUCCUGUUGGUAGGGUCUAA